GAGGCGGUUGACCACUGGCCACAACUACACUCAAUUUUCUUGCUUAUUGCGAACCUUUUGUCUCCCUAGUCGAACAGUUCAACUUCAGACUGGACCACAGUGCCGUAACGACCCUGUUCACAAAGUAUAAACAUCCGCUUGCAUCAGGCUGGAUUGGGUGCACCUAUCUCACCAUGACCGAAAGUCCACAACCCUGCACACACAGUCCAGUCCCUGAUGCUAAAUCUUUGCAUAAACAUGGUGCAGAAAGUGAUUGGAAUAUCACACCCUCUCCCGUAAAACAAAACAUUCCCAUCUCUACCCGCGAAGAUAUCGAAAACUCUCACAUGGCUCAGAAACCCGAAGACGUAGAUGUGGCCACGUUCAUGAAGGAACAUCUUACCGCUCGCCCUGCAGGUAAAGGUUACGUAGUUCCCCGCAAACCCAAUGUCGAGAAGAUCAUCAACGCGAAGGGCGAGGCGAAAAUAUAUGCACCUGUUUGUGCAUUGCUGAACAAGAUCAGCAAACAAAUCUAUGAUACUUACAUCGAGGCUGGGAUUGCAUUGCAUCAUGCCGACCGUGUCUUAUUUCUCGACCACCAUACUGGCCCACCCGAAGCUCCUGGUUUUCAUAUCAAAGAUAAGCCAGAUAUUGUAGGCGUGUUUGGCACCAAGAAAUCCAUGAAACAUUUUUUCAACAAGAAAACCAAAUCAUACACGGGCGUACCAUAUCACCGAAUCAUCACCACGGGUGAGUGUGAACCGGAAGCUGAGGAAGGCGCUGGUCAGGCUGUAAGCUAUACAUGUCAACAUGCUCGCGCACGUCUGGAUAUGCCUGGUACCUAUGCACUCUUCGCCAACACUAGAGGUUACCGAAUACUCUGGUCCGAUGCUUCCGAAGUUGUGAAGUCACCAUUCGUGGACUGGACUGAGCUGGGUUUACUGGAAGGUUAUAUCCGAUCUCUUCACUCUCCUCCGAAGAAUCACCACCUCUGGGACCCAACCAUUUCAUCUCCUGUGGUUCUGCGGGAUGCUAUGGGCUCAGGAUCGAAGGCGCACUGGACGAUCACUUACACUGGGAAGACGUACAACGACUGCAACCCAUUCUUCUUGCCGCUCAGUUGGGGUCGGCGGACUACGGUGUUCAUGUAUGAAGGCGGCGAUGAUGAUUUUGCUGUUAUCAAGGAUGCCUAUCGAGACGACGCUCAACGAUUCGAGGAGGCCACAUUGAUUAACGACAUUCAUGCCGAAGGGAUAUUCCCUGGCAUGGUCAGACUACUGGACUCGGGGAACGUUAAUGGCAAAGAUGGUUCGGUAAUUGUGACUGCUGUACCAGCAGAUCGGGACAAGAAUGUGGUACACCGAACAAAGAAGAGACUUGUUAUGGGCAGUCGAGGCUCUCAAUUCCACCUGGCAAAGACUGUGAAGGACGUACUGAAAGCGACUUAUGACGUGAUAGAAGUUCAUCGUGCAUUGCUCAAACGCCGCCGGUUUCUUCAUCGAGAUCUUAGCAUGCCUAAUGUCCUGAUGUAUCCUGAGCAUUCGAAGAAGACGACGGAAGGCAAGCAAUUCAUUUCCGACCCGCCGAAGUUCAUCGACGAGAUUCUGGGUGACUCGAACAACAAUGACGAUAAGUGCCGUGCACUCCUGAUCGAUGCUGAUAACAGUGCGUCGUUGAAGUCUGAGCUGAUGGCCGAUCCGGCCUUGGCUAAUGCAUUGCGCGAGGAGCUCACCAUGCGAACUGGCACGCCGCGCUAUAUCGCUCGCGCUGUAGCAUCUGGAACAGUCGUUAACACCAAAUGGUCAAGGAUCUUUGCGCCAAUGCCGAGCCUUGAAGACAGAACGAAAGAGAUCUAUCAACGUGUCUAUGGCCAGGAGGCCUAUGACAGAUACGAAGACACUGCAGACACUUUUCAUAGCGGAAGAGCAUCAUCGCGGAAAGCCAAGGAUGUAGCAUUCGUCCAUCGCCCCGACCAUGAUGUUGAGUCGCUAUUCUGGCUUCUCGUCGCAGUGUUUCUCCUGGCAAAACCAUUGGGUGAACCUGACAAGCCCACCCAACGGUUCUACUCCGCCUGGAAGCACAUCGAACGUCAUAUGGUCGCUGGAGCUGGUUGUGAUGACACUCGAGAGCCUUUUCUCUCUUACAGUGUUGCACAUUGGGAGGCGGCAUUGCAUCCGGGCCUCUCCUCUCUCGCGCCUUUACUGGAGAAUCUUGCCACACAGGUUCAGCCCGAGUAUGCCCUGAUGGAUCCUGCUCCACCGGAGGAUCAUCUCCACGAAGCCUUUCGUAGGCUUAUCCUCGAGCAUAUCGUUGGGAUGGGCGAUGCGGAUAUCGAUCUUGAAGCCGGUAUCACACGUGAGACAGCAUUCCCCACGGAUGGGAAGCGGAAGGCAGACAAAGAUCCAGACCAAGGUAACCGUCAAAACAGCAAACGUUCGAAGAGCCAUUGCCACUCAGUUAUCUCCGUCAUUCGCCGAACCUUUCAUCAUCGUAGUUUACGACGCAGUCACUCUUCCUAGACAAGUUAGGCUGAUUCACUUUAUAUUUAUAAUAAAUGUAGAUUAUUCUUCCCGGUGUAAACUGUGCACGUAAUUGUAGAUUCCCUUGCAGCUUUCGGUUGGAUCGUCCAACAGUGCAUCAUUCAUUAUUUU